AUGAUACGUUCACGCAAGCAGCAGGAGCAGCAGCAGGAGCCAGAGAAUGGCGCCACGGCGUCAAAACCUAACGGCACGGCGGUGGUACCAUCAGAUCCGUUAGCGGGGCUCAGCGAGUCCGAGCGCCUCGCUCUCUUGAUACGCUUCGGUGCUGCCGCUGCCGGCCCAAAGGGGGGAGGCAUGUGCGCCGCCAUGUCCCACGGUCACAGCUUCCAGUCCAGCAUCUUUCGCCUCCCGGCCAAGUGCUCGGCCUGCCACGAGCUCGUCUGGGGGCCGUUCACGCGCGGGUGCACCUGCCUGACCUGCUCGGUGACGGUCCACCGCUCGUGCACGGGGGCGGCGUCGCUGCCCCGGUGCCCGACGAAGGACGUGUUCGACGCCUUCUGUCGGUCGGAGCUCGGGCUUCCUCCUCCUCCUCCUCCGCCCGCCCCAGCGGCGACCGGCUCGCCAUCGGCAUCAGCAUCGACUGCCACCGGCAGCGAGCAGGGCGCCGAAACACCGGGGGGAAGAUCGCCCGCGAGCUGCGGUGGCGCCGGCGGUGGCGGAGCCGCCCAUACGGGUGGCGACCUCGAUGAAUGGGCGACGGUCGACGGGACGAGCGCCCACUCAAACUCGGCUGCUGUAGGCCAACAGCAGCAGCAGCAGCAGCAGCAACCUUCCUCCGCCGCGUCUUGUGCGUUGCAAGACCUGGGGUCGUCGUUUUCCUGGAGCCCUCUUGGGCUCGGAGAGCGGAAGCGACCAACCUCGCCAGUGGUGAGCGAGCAACAGCAGCAAGAAGAACGUUCGGUCGUGGUCGUCCCUGCCGGAGAUGCUGCUGCAGAGACCCGAACAGCACCAGGCGACGCUGGCGAUACCGUGUCGGCGCUGGGGAACCAGGGAGCCAGCGGGGCCGUGCCAACCACCGCUACGGACCUAGCUGUCGCCGCCGAUUCCUCUGCUUCUUCAACCACCGCUAGCAUGGGGAUCAGGGGUGUAACCAAGCUGAGCGUCGCCGGCGGCGUCGUCGGUGCCUUGUUUGGAGGCCCGGUUGGCGCCGUGUUCGGCCUCCAAGUCGGGGCUGUCCUCGGGGCGGGUAGGAGCGUGCAGCAAGGUCUUUGGCAGCGUAUCGAGAAGAGCCGCAGGGAGGCCGGAGCGGAGGGGAUAAGGCUGCCGAAGGGCGCGGAUGGGUCGACGGCGGCGGCGGUGGUUGAGGAAACCGCCGCUCGCAAACCUCGAGACCUGUGGGCGCGUAUCGCGGGAAAAGUCGAGAGCGAGCACCAGCCGACGAUCUGGGAGUUGGCCCCGGAACAGGAGAAGCUCCUGGAGCAAGGGGAGUGCAACGCGGGGGAGAUGGCGAUGUUCGUCGUGGGCAAGGUCCUCGCCGAUGAAACCGCCAUGCUCUUCCACCUGCACGCCGCCCUCCUCGCCGAGUUCCGCUCCCGGCACGACUCGUCGCGAAGCGGCGGCGGCGGCGGCGGCGGCGGCGGCGGCGGCGGCGGCGGCGGUUGCACCCGGCCGGUCCCGAUCAGGCGGCGCUCCAGCGACACCGACAUGGUCGCGCUCUUCCCUCGAAGCAGCGGCAGUCGACGGGGUCCCCCGGCCGCAGGGGCUGCGGGGGCCACCGCAGCGGCCGCUACCGACGAUGGCGGGUUUUUCGCGAGCACGCCCGGCCUGGAGAAGACGUUCAGCUUCGUAGAGGAGGCGGAGAUUGUGGCGGGAGAGGGCAGCGAUACUCCCGGCUCCGACGACGAUGACGGGGACGGCCGGAGCAGCGCGGAUGAUGACGACGAGAGAAGCGGCGACAGGCGCGGCAGGCGGUUGCCCACCGCCACGCGCGCGCACCGGUGGAGCAAACCUGUGAGGUCGGAGGCGGCGGGGUUGGCUUCGGCCCCGGCAACGGCAGCGGUAGCGGUGACGGCCGGCAGGCGCUCAUCGGUAGGCGCUGCUGCUUCUGCUGCUGCGGUUGCUUCAAGAGACUCGUGGCGAAGCAACUCGUCCCGCAUGGAUAGCUGGGUCCAGCUGGAAGGAGGCGUGUGCGGCAACUGCGGCGGCAGAGUGGCGGGCAGACACUCGGCGAACGGCGGUGGUGGUAGUGGUAGUAGGUCGACGAGGGCGCUGGUGGGAGACGUCGAGGAGGAUGAAGGCGGGCUCGGGGACGGCUGGGCCGCCGCCGAAGCCCCGGUGUGCUGGUGUCGGGACGAGGGAGGGCUUUCUGCUAGCCCCGAGGAUGCGCCGAUCAGCGUGCUUGCCAACGCCCCACCACCCCCUCGGCAAAACGCCGUAGGUGACGGAGGCGUAGCGGCAACAACGGGCGCGGACAGCGGGACGAAGCCUGACAAGACGGAGUCAGGAGCGGGAGCAGAUCGAAACGGAUUGGACCGCCCGCAGAACGGGUGCUGUCCCGCUGCUGGAGCUGGGGCGACAGCCGCCGCCGCCUCCACGGAGGCGGGAGGCGAGGACGAAGAUGCGCGCGGCGACGACGACGCGCUGCGAGACGUCCACGGCGUACUCCGCGAGCUCACGCAGGCCGUGCUGGCGUGGUGCCCCCAGCUCACCUCGUCCCACGAGGCGCAGAUCCAGGCGGUCAACUGCAUCGACCAGCGGGUCUUCUCGGAGACGUACGGGCCGGUCUUCGGCCGCAUCGCCUCCUCGGGGGCGGCCCGCGACGGCGACGCGUCCCUCGCCCGGCGCGUCCAGAGGGAGGAGCGCUCGAGGGCGGCGGCCGGCAGGCCGCCUCUGCUGUCGGCUUGCCGGCCGGAGGUGGUGUCCGCGCUGCGAGCAGCCGGCUCCGCGCGCACGGGCCGCGACAAGCUCGGGUUUCUCGUGCGGGCGGCGGAGAGGGUUAGCGACGCCCUCCCCGCGGAGCAGCGAACGACUGACGCGUUGAUCUUCUCCGUGUGCCGGCACCUGGCGGCCGCAACGACGGCGGCGGUUGUCGCCGGCGGCGGCGGCGGGGAUGAUGACGCGCAGGCGGCGGCCUUGCCCCGGCCACACGCCGAGGUGGCUUUCGUGGAGCAGUUCAUGCGCGACGAGUCGUGGGUGAUGGGGAAGGAGGGCUACGUGCUCACGACGGUGAUCGCCGCCUUGCACGUGCUCAACAACCCGGAGCUGUCGGACGAUAUUUUCUUGGACGCGUCGCCACCGCCGCCGCCGCCGCCGCCGCCGCCGCGGCCGGUGCCGAACCACGAGGAAGGUGCCGCCGGCGGCUACGGCGACGUGUCGUUCGUUGUUGAGCAUGUGUUGUUGUAG